CUCACUCUCACUGCCUUGACCACUCGCCUGAGUCAGAGGUAGUUCAGAGCAGCAAGGAGAGCAGCAAUUGAAUAUGUUGUAGAAGCAACUAUUAUUAUUUUUUAUUAUUUUCUUUUAAAGAUCUGGGGGUUGUAGCUUUUUAUAAAUGGCAACGAAAAGUUUCGAAGGGAAAUUGUUGAACUGCGAUAAAGAUCUGCCCAGCAGUUGCAAUUGCAGGAGGCAGUGCAACAACUGCGGUGUGUUCCUCGGCUUCUUUGUGCUGUCGCUCUGCCUUCACCUGCUCACCCUGGUCUGCUACUUCGAUCUCCGGUCCGAGGUGAAACGGGAGCUGAGGCAGCAGCAGCAGCCCAGCAGCGAGGAGGUUCCAGGCGCACGGAUAGCGGAUGGUUCCCGGUCUGCGAGCAAGCCUGCGUGGGGAAUACAAUCUGCCUCUACCGCCGGCCCCGAGGAACACCUGUUAAAUUAUCUAACUACAGAAGAUCAGGCACUGCGCCAUGAAAAUCAAGUCAAGGUGGUUCAUCGGACGAAGAGAAGCCAAAUCAGACAGCCAGGAUCAAGAGGUAAAAGCAAAGGCAAAGGAAAAGGCAAAAGGAUAGGCCCACCGGGGCCACAAGGCCCCCAGGGCCCCCCAGGACCUCCAGGACCACAGGGACCCCCGGGAAUCCCAGGAAUCCCCGGAAUACCAGGAACAGCGGUGAUGUCCGCACCUGGACCAGCUGGACCACCUGGACAACCUGGAGCUCCAGGGCCACCGGGACCACCAGGCACUUCAGACAAACCUGCAGACAGUCAGACAUCCAUGGAAUUUGUCCACCUCCAGGGUCAUGACUCGGUCAUUCAAGUCAAACAAGAUCUCAUAGGUGGUGUCCUGGCCGACUGGGCCCGAUCUUCGCUGAACCACAAGGUCUUCCGGUUACACAGCCGAAGUGGACAGUUGGAGAUACUAGUGGAUGGAACCUACUUCAUCUAUAGUCAGGUAGAAGUUUACUACAUUAACUUUACUGACUUUGCGAGUCACGAGAUGCUCGUGGAUGACAAGCCUUUCCUGCAGUGUACGCGCAGUAUUGAGAACCGCAAGUCAAAGUUCAACACCUGCUACACGGCUGGGGUCUGCCUACUCAAGGCAAGGCAGAAGAUUACCGUCAGGAUGACGUACGAAGACACAGUGAUAAACAUGAGCAAGCAUACAACGUUCUUCGGAGCAGUGAGACUCGGCAAGAUCCCUUAGUCCUGGGGAGCGAGGGACUGCAGAGGAUAGAGGAGAAAAAGAAACAAGGCUGAAUCCGCAAAAGGGGUCAUCCAAAAUUUAUAUUGAAGUACAACAUAUAAGUUAAGAAAGCCAGACUACAGAGUAAAAUGUAUUUCAUCUAUCCAAAUUAAGUCAAUUAUCCCGACACAUAUUUGUGAAGAAGGGUCUCGACCCGAAACAUCACCCAUUCCUUCUCUAGAGAUGCUGCCUGUCCCGCUGAGUUACUCCAGCAUUUUGUGUCUAUUUUCGGUAUAUGAAUGUGACUUGCAUUGAGUUGUAUCGAGAAACCAUCAAAACUGGCACACGUCUGUCAACCAUCACAGAUUCCCAGUUAUCCGAUUCUUCCCAUGACGGAGCUUUGUUAAAUGAGUUGAUUUCCCCAGUCCCCCGUCUCCAAUUGGACUGGGAUGAUUCAAUUUGCUCUGCAGCACUCUCGUCAGAACUAAUGGACAUUUGGCCGUUGUUGAAGGCAUAUGUGUCAGCUUUCAUUUUUGCAGGUGGAGGGGACCAAAGACAAAUCGGUCGUGAGGAGGGGAUGUUCUCUCUGUGAAUGAGCAGUAAAGAGCAGUAACCACAAAUGUGGGAGAAGCAACUGAACGAGUUUCGUCUGGAGGAAACUCGGCAAGAAUGGAAACUUUAAUGCAGUUAAAAUCUGCCUGCAUGAUGGAAUGGCCAAUUGCUCGCAAUGUUGCAUCAAGUGAGCAGAUCCAUGGUUGCCUCGAAUCCUUCAUAAAUAUAUUCAGAGAUAAAGCCCCCAGACAAAGUGAAUUCCUAAGAAUCAUAGCAGUCUGUGUAAAGUGAUUUCUUCUCAUGUCCCCUCUUCCUUCUUAUUCUGAGUCCUUGUCCCUGAAAACUCGCUUGAAGAAAGUAGCCUUGCUAUUCAUCCAUCCAUCUAUCCAUCCAUCCAUCCAUCCAUCCAUCCAUCCAUCCAUCCAUCCAUCCAUCCAUCCAUCCAUCCAUCCAUCCAUCCAUCCAUCCAUCCAUCCAUCCAUCCAUCCAUCCAUCCAUUCAUUCAUUCAUUCAUUCGAGAAUGCCUUCCAUUCAUGUCUGCCAUUUUAAUGAAAAGUCUGUGAACUGUGUGUUGUGAUUCAUUGCAGCGGUUCAACAUGGUGUUGCUGGAAACACAGCCAUAGUGGGAGGAAUAUCAAAUUAAGCUUUUGGUUACAAGCUGUAUGUCUGUAACUGGAGUCACAUUAUUGGAUUUAUAGUUCUCUGGUUCCUGAAAACGUGGAUUAUAUGCCCAUGACCAUUGAAAUAUUCCAGCCUGUUACAUUUGCAAAAUGCAACAUUUUGUCCUUGAGGCAUUAUUACAAAUUAAAUGGAAACAAUCUUAUUCUUGC